AUGUCUGAUCUUGAUGAGGCUGUCAAGCGCCAUCGGACUGCAUUACUCCGUCAUCCCCCGUGCGGCAUGAUGUCUGACCUUGAUGAGGCCAUCGAGCUCCAUCAGGCUGUAUUACUCCUCCUUCCCCUCGGUCAUUCAUAUCGAUCCUCAUGUCUGAACAAUCUUGGGCUCAGCCUUCGAGACAGAUUCCUGCAGAGGGGCAUGAUGUCUGACCUCGAUGAGGCCAUCAAGCUCCAUUGCGCUGCAUUACUCCUCCAUCCCCCCGGUCAUUCAGAUUGA